GGUCAUAGGUGACGAUCUCUUCUCCGUCCUCGUCCUCUGUGGCUUUAUUACUGAUCAGCACAAAGUCUCUCUGCUGGCAGCUCGCACAGCCCACAAAGUUCAUCAGUGUUAUUAGAAAUGGCACCGACUCCAAAGAAGCCUGUCAAGAAUUUUAAAGGAACCUAUUGUAUGCUGUGUCGCAAGUUUUACGCGACAAAUGAUGUUCAACAGCAUAUGCACAGCAUGUUGCAUCACAGGGAGCUUGAAACGGUGCUUGGCACAAAUUCACGUCAUGACUGCUACGCCUGUCAGACAUCUUGCGUUGGUUUAAAUGAGUAUGCCUACCACAUCACGACUGCUCUGCACAAAGCCCAGUUUAAGGUCUUCCUGUCUAAAAACAUAAUGAUGCCUUCUCUGGAAAAGACCCUGCAUGCAGAUGCUAUUGCCAUAAUCAUGGAACGAAACAAGGCACUCAAGCGAAAGGAAAAGAAAGCCAAGAACAAACAAAGGAAGAAAUUAAAGCAGUUAGCUGCUCAAAAAAGUGUAAUGCUAAAGGAACCCACCAAAAAAACCACGGUGCCACCUGAAAACAAUCUACAAAAAUCCAAGCAGGCGGACGUAAGAAACAUCAAACAGCAAGGUGCUGUGCGCAAUCAGAGCGGCACGAUGGGUUGUUUGUCAGUUAAACCUAAAGGCAAAAUGCAGCAGCUCCUUCGGCAACAGGAGCAGUUGAGCAGAUCGGCACACCGUCUGCAGCAGGAUGCAAAAGUCAGUGCCAAAGGUGUCAAGUCCAAAAAAGAGAGUGGUGCUGAAAAAGCAAAAAAUGUUACUUGGCCUCCUGCGGAUUGUCAUUACUAUCAUGAGGCUCAGUACAGUAGUGAAAAAGAUGACGAGUUCAUCAGCGACCACCUCCCUCUGGCUGGAGCAAUCAUUUUUGAGGACAGUUACGGGACACAUAAGGAAUCCUGUCAGACAAAACCUGAGCAAAGUUCAGAGUGUCCCACUAUACCAGCUUCUCCGCCGCAGAGCGUAAACAGAUCCAGCAGCUCAACUCCUGCACGUGAUGUGGACAUCAGUGCAAUGCUGAGGCAAAUCAGAAGGGCUCUGGGUGUUAGAGAACCGUGCAGAGCAGACCGGCAAGCCCGGCUGCAAAGCAGCAAGGCGGGCGUCCAGGUAUCCGGAACAGAGAGCGCACGCCCUGAAGGUGCAUCAGAAGGGAACAGUGCAGUCAAAGCUCCACUACAAAAAACCUCCAACGCAGCUGCGGACCAGUCCGCUACGACCUUAUCAGUGCAAGCUCAACAGUCCAAUACCGUCAGCAGCCUGGCUUCAACCAGUCAGUGCAAGAGCAAGACCACAUCCACCAAGCCAAAGGUGGACAUUACACAGAGGAUGCAGAAAGUUACCAAAUCAAGCAAACCAACUCUCAGGAAGUUGCUCACCUUAUCAGGGAGCAGAAGAAAUUUAAACCCGAAGGAGGUUUACGAGGACAUAAAGAGAAAGAAUCGAGAGAUGCUCAAAGGCAUUCCCAGGUUUGGAAUAGAGUUGGCACCCCCAUUGUCUGACCAAGGAUGCGCCCUUCCUCUACAGGACAAUGAACAGCCUCCUCCAGAAUGCCUCAAUUGGGAGUCUUUACCAGACAGUCCCCCACAUCUUUUCUGUCCAUUAACUCCUCUGAACCAACAAGAGGAAGGCCGUGACGCUCUCACAGAUGCACAGUCUAGUUCUGCAAAUCAGGAGGUCUCUGAGCUGCCUGCGGCAGCACCAAAAGAUUGUAGCAUCACUCAAACAGUAACACAACCCACUAUGAAAACUGAGCCAAUCUCCAUUGAUGAGAAUGGACAUUUUUUAGAAAACGGCAGCACAAAGAAGAGGAGAAGCCACACAGUAAAAGAUGGUGACAUUAAUAACAAGGAUCCAAGUGGAAAAAGAAGAAGAAAAACAAAAUCAAAUGAGGACCAGGUUGAAAUGAAUCAGCUCUUGGCUGUGUCCCUGAAGGAGGAAGACCUGAACCAUUCUUUGCUUGAAUUAGAUAAAUGUCUGAUCCAGGCUCGCAGUGCCUUGCAAACAGCCUAUGCUGAAGUGCAAAGACUGUUGUUACUGAGACAGCAGGUUAUUGCUGAGGUCAACGAUCUUAGAUCUAAGCGGAUUGAGAUCCUGCAGGGGAUGCAAGAAAACUAUUCUGGGGCAUCAGAUGUGGAAAAUAAAGCCAUCAUCCCUUCAACAGGGGCUGCUGCUACAGUCCAGGCUACAUCAUUGUCAUCAUUACCCUCCGAAGAUCCGGGAUCAAACUUCAGCGAUCAUACACUAGUUACAGUCCAAUCAAGACCCUCGUCAUGUUCUUCCUCUAGUUCUUUGCCUUUUUCAGAGCCGGCAUCGAGCAUCAGCCAUCAUCAACAAGCUGCAGUUCAGUCAAGACCUUCAUGUUCUUCCUCUCCUGCUUUACCCUCUUCAGAUGUGGCAUCUGGUAACACCCAUCAUCAUCCAGCCUCCACUUCAUUGUCAGCCAUGACGCUUAAGUUCAAGAAAGACAUCUCAGAAAGUCUUGCACAGAAACAGGAAAUUAAAAAUGACCAAACUGUCUCCUGUAAUGCUGAUGCCUGUCAGAUGCCUGUGAACUCUUGUGUUCCUGUGUAUGUGUUGGAUACACCCACUACCUCGCCACAUUCUCCUGCUCCAAUUACUGGUGGUCCUCCAAGACAAGUCCAAGAAAACCUCAGCAACAUCCAAGUUAAAGGAAGAGAGGUGUCUGUAGACAAGCCUGUUUCCAGGUUUGUGCCUGGAAGUGACCAAAACGCUGGUAUAUCUUCUGUAUCAAUAAACGAUGGAGGGAAUGACUGUGAUGUUGAAAUUGUGGCUCCUUCUCAAUUGCCCAUCAUUAAUGUUGAGGAGGUGGAUAACAAGGAAUCAUCUGAGAAGUCUGACUCUGUGGAGGUCAGAUCUGCAACUGACAGAAAAAGUCAGCCACCAGCUGUGACAGUAAAAGAUGAAAACGUCUGUCAGGAGUCUAUUGUGGUGACCGAGGAUGUGGAACCAUUUUUGGGAGUCUUUGAGAAUCACAAGGGCCCUGUCUACGGCCUGCAGAUUCAUGAAGACCUGCUGUACACGUGCUCUGGAGACAACACUGUGCGAGCCUACAAUCUGGUGAGUGGGGAGCGUCAAGCAGUGUUUGAAGGUCACACAGAUAAAGUCAACUGCCUGUUGGUGUCAUGGCUGCCAAACAUGCCGGCACGCCUCUACACCGGAUCCAGUGAUCAGACUGUUCGCUGUUAUAGCACAAAGUCCAAGAAAUGUCUCGAGCAGAUCUCUCUACCGGACAGAGUGUUUUGUUUGCACUCAGCCUGGAACAUUUUGUAUGUCGGACUCGCCAACGGAUCAGUUGCCAGCUUUGACUUAAAGACUCUGAAGCAGCUGGAUAUGUUCGAGUGCCACGGGCUGCGCGGCGUGAGUUGCCUCGGUUCGGCGCAGGAAGGCGCUCGCCGAUUGCUGCUGGUCGGCUCCUACGACAGCACCAUAAGUGUGCGUGACGCCAAGAGCAGCCUGCUGCUCCGCUCCAUGGAGGGUCAUUCCAAAACUGUCCUCUGUAUGAAGGUGGUGAACGACCUCGUCUUCAGUGGCUCCAGCGACACGUCUGUUCAUGCCCACAACAUCCAUACUGGAGAAUUGUUGCGUAUCUACAAAGGUCAUUCUAAUUCCGUCACAUCAGUAAUGGUCCUGGGAAACGUGUUAGCGACAGCCUGUCUGGAUAAGAUGGUCCGAAUUUAUGAGCUCGAGACCCACGACCGCCUCCAGGUGUAUGGUGGCCAUAGUGAUAUGGUGAUGUGCAUGACCAUCCACAAAAGUGUGAUCUACACAGGUUGUUAUGAUGGCAGUAUCCAGGCAGUAAAGCUCAACUUGACGAAGAACUACCGCUGCUUGUGGCACGGUUGCUCGCUGAUCUUUGGUGUGGCAGCGCAUGUUGUGCAGCACUUAGUGGGUGACCACACCAACCCAAGUUUACACACGAUCAAAUGUCGCUGGAGAGAUUGCAGCACCUUUUUUGGGUCCCAACUUUCAGUCAGACAGGAGCUUCCUGAUCACAUGCAGAGCCACGUAGAAAAUGAAAGUGAGAUCCAACCUUAACGGAGGC